AUGAAUAAGCCAAAGAAUAAUCAUAGAAGGGCAUUAUCUAAUAAUGAUUUCUAACAAAUUAUAAAUUACAAAAUUUCAGGAUUACUUUAAGAAAAUAAUAUAAACAAAAUAAUGUAAAAGAAUUAAAGCUUUGGCAAUGUACUUUUCUAAAUACCUGAAUAGACCGAUAUAGCAUCAUCAACUGAAUAAUCAAUGUAAUCAGUCAAAAAGAAUUAAUUCAUUGAACAUAAUAAUAAAAAUAAUCACUUUUAAGAAUAAAAGGAAAACCUUAAAAACUAAGGAUCAUCUUCUAAUCUUAUUUCAAAUAUCUAAUAUAUGAUUAAAGGUGAUCAUCCCAUAAAGGAAAUUACUUAAAAAACUUUAAAUAGUGAAAGAUAGGAUAAAAAUAAACAUCUAAGUUUCACCAAUGAAUUAUAAAAGAAACAAAUAUAAUCAAAGAAUAAAAAUGAUAGUUCUAGUUUAACACCAGAUAAGAAUAAAGCAGAAUUUAAUAGUCCCAAAAAUAAAUCUGAUCAACAAUAGAAAUCUAAAAUUUAAUUAUCAAACUCAUUAUUCAAUACUAUACUUAAAGUUGAUAGUAAAAAUAAAUUAAGUAUUGAAUAAUAAGAAUCUUAUAGAAGAAUAGAAAUACAAAUGAAUAAAAUUUAGAAAGAUAUAAACAAUAUCAAAAUGAGAUAAGAUUAAUUAGAUUAAUUCAAUAGAAAUAUACAAAAUCAACUUUGUGAUUUUAUGACUGAAAGUAAAAAAUAAUAAGAUGUAUUUUAUAAAUCCAAGAUUUUAGUAUGGUUAUUAAUCUCUCCAAAAACUUGAAUAAUUGGAAUAAAUUACAAGAAGAAAUGAAGAAUCCAUCCAAAUUAUCAAAUAACAAUUAAUUAUAGAUUAAUCUAAAUAAAUAAAUAAAGGAAAUGAAAAUAUCAUUAAUUUUGGGUAUUAUUCUUUAUAUAUAUUAUAUAUAGAAAUCUUACAUCUUAUAAAUAAGGAAGUGAUCAAUAUAAAAAGUUUAUUCAUUUAAAAAGUAGCAAUUUACUGUGA